GCAGAGCUCGCUCUUCACGUAUAUUUCCUGUCUCAUCUGUGACUCACGUCCAUCACCGCGCGCUUCCUCUCAGAUGAGGGAGGAGAAUGAGACGCGAGCCGAUAUAAAAGCAUCGAUCCGGGGGUCAAACGCGAUGGAGCGGGUAAUGGAGCGUGUCGCUUUUGGAUCGGUUCUUCUCGUGUGUCUGAUGUCUGGUGCAUCAGCUCUGCUUCACACAGCCAAUCCACACAGUGUGUGUAAGUCAUGUGACCCUCAGCCGGCCAGCUGCAAGUCGUAUCAGUGCAUCGCGAACUGCAGCGUAUCAAAGGUCUGCCCGAGUCCAGAUGACGUCUGCGCCGCCGUCUGGUGGAGGGAGAAUGGAGUUGUGACGGUGGAGACGAUGUGUCAUGACCCGAUGCAGCCACUUUACAUCAUUCGCAGACAGAGAUCUUAUUUUUACCCUUCCGUGCAUACAUCAGAAACGAAAGGCGCGUUCAGACUUCCUCAGCUCUGUAAGUUCUGUGACAUUGAAUCUACGGCGUGUAACGCCACCGGCGUCUGCGAAUCCUCGUGCAACAUCACCGCCAUCUGCGAGAAUCCCGACGAGGUGUGCGUCAGCGCCUGGAGGAGAAAUAAAGGGAACGCCAUCAUCGAGACGGUGUGUCACAAUCCGGCGCUCCCGUUUCACGGCCAGUAUCUGACGGACUACAACAACACCGUCUGUCUGAUGAAGCAGGUCAAGGGCAUGGAGGAGGAUUUCUACAUCUGCUCCUGCAAUGAGGAAGAGUGCAACGCACAGCUCUUCUUCACUUACGAUGUUCACUUCCUGUCUAAGUGGGCCGUUCUCGAUCAGAAUAAGAAUAUUAAGACUCAUAAGUCACGUUUUGACUCUUUCACACGAGGAAACCUGCAGGAGUUCCUGACGCAGCACGUGAUUGGCUGGGACGAGCUGUGCCGGUUGGGCUGGUCUCUGGCGAGGGGCGUGGCUCAUCUCCACGGCGACCGGACACCGUGCGGACGCGCCAAAGCGCCCAUCGUGCACCGCGACCUGAAGAGCGUGAACGUCCUGGUGAAAGCGGACCUCAGCUGCUGCCUGUGCGACUUCGGUCUCAGUCUGAGACUCGAUAACUCCAUGUCUCCUGAAGAACUGGCCAACAGCGGACAGGUGGGAACAGCAAGAUAUAUGGCUCCUGAGGUGCUGGAGUCCAGGAUGGACCUGGAGAACAUCGAGUCCUUCAAACAGGCCGACGUUUACUCCAUGGCUCUGGUUCUGUGGGAAAUCACGUCCAGAUGCAGCGCCAUCGGCGAUGUGCGGGAAUACGAGCCUCCGUUCGGGAAGCUGAAGGAUCAUCUGUGUGUGGAGAGCAUGAAGGACGACGUCAUCAGAGACCGACUGAGACCCGAGAUACCGGCCAGCUGGAGUAACCACACGGGCGUUCAGCUGCUGAGCUCCAGCAUAGAGGAGUGUUGGGAUCACGACCCCGAGGCGCGUCUGACGGCGCAGUGCAUCGUGGAGCGAAUCAGUGAAAUCAGCAGCGCUGUGAUCUCGUCUGUCAGCUCCGACGACAAGAGCGCACAGGAUUCUGGGAACGACGAGAAGUAGAUCCGAACCCGGACCCCCGUCUGCUGAAUCACCUGAUAAAGUCCGUUUCAGACAGACGUGGGACAUUUGCACUUUACAGGAACAACUAAACACGCCAAAUCCAUGCAUGCGUUCAGUACAGGUGAUGUUUAUUUAGCUAUGAACUCAUACUCCAUAUCCAGAGCGCGUGUAUGACGCCAGUCGCUCGUUAUGAAUCAUUAUAAGCUUCAGGGAAAAUCUGCUUCGCUGACGUGAAACAGUCGAACACAGAGGAACAUGAAUCCUGACGCAAAGGAUUCUGGGACGUGCACCAAGAAAAUCCAAGAGACCUUUAGUGAACUGACAGUAUUAUAAACCCCCGAGGUGAUUAUGAGCGAUAAAUCAGACCGAAUCCAGCUGAUUUAAGUGUUUAUUAAAGGAAAAUAUAGAAAAUAACCAAAGAGAACAUGCAAGCCAAAGAUGAUCCGGAUUAUGAAAUAUGAAUUCUGCUGUAUUUUGAGACUCUCAGGUGAAGCCGUUUGUUUAUUAAUGUGAAAAUAGCGUCUGAAGACUUUUACACACGUGCCUUACAGAGCAGAGAUUGAUUUCGAUGAAUAUUGAUGAUCAGUUAAUAAGGAUCUAAUUCUUCAGGUUCAGCAUCUGAAAGCAAGUAUAAAAGCCUAGAAAAUGAGCACUUUUUACAAUGCAUACAGUAUAUAAUCAUUUGUUUAAAAUCUUUAUAAAACAUCAUAAAAUCUUUCAUUGUUUGUGAAUUAUGUUUUAUGGACCGCAAACACACUGCAGCUGAAUACUUGUGCUUUAAAUCAACAUGAAAUCAAGUUUAACUCCAUUAGUCUCUGAAUUCAUGUUUCUGGUCUUAUUCUGAGCGAUUAUUUCGUUUAAGCGAGUCUAGGGAAAAAAAAACCUGAUUUCUUAAAAAAAUUUAAUCUUUUCUUUUCACACAGAGUUGGGUUAUUUACAGUGACGAGCACUUUCAUAGCAGGCCGAAUCAAUCAAAAAGCAAUCACUUUUAUGCCAGGAAUGAUUUCUAUCACGUAUAUAAACAGAACUGUGAAUACUCGGCGGAUUUAGUGAGGAUUUGAGUCUGGUCGUGUGUGACGUGUGACGUGAUGGAGGCCCGUCUGACUCUGAUUAAAUCAUCUGCUGCCUUCUGCUGGACAGAUUCAACUUCACAUGAAUACAGAAUAAGAUUGGUGUUUAGGAAGCUCACAGACUAUUCCAGCCCCAGCCGCUCUCACAAUAACAGUUUAGUGUUUCUUCUUAGAUAUUAAAAUAUGAAAAAGCAGCGUACAUAGUUGUGGCCUGUUGGUUAGAGAGUCGGAC